GUAAAAUACAGUUCUGAAAUUAUUGUUGAUGUUUCGAUAUUCCUGUCGUCUACUAUCAAAUGUGUGUCAACAUCAAUUACAGCUGACAAAGGGUUUCCAGGAGGCUGCAAUAAUGUCUCAAGACAUCGGACAUAAUAAAAACAAAGUCUACAAAGUGGUGUUAACUGGAGGUCCUUGUGGAGGCAAAACAACCGGCCAGGCCAGACUUAGUACAUUCUUUGAAAGUUUAGGAUGGAAGGUUUACAGAGCUCCAGAAACAGCUUUGGUUUUAAUGAGUGGUGGUGUCAAGUUUACAAAUCUGUCUAAAUUAGAGGCAUACAAAUUCCAAGAAAAUUUAAUCAGGACCAUGAAACAGAUAGAAGACACAUAUUUUGAACUUGCCAACACAUGUCCACAGAAUUGUUUAGUGAUCUGUGAUAGAGGGAUAAUGGACGCCUCAGCGUAUUUACCAACAGAAGACUGGGAGCAGAUGAAAGCUGACAACAAUUGGAAUGAGAUCCAGUUAAGAGAUAAUAGAUACAAUCAAGUUAUCCACAUGGUAUCGGCAGCACGAGGGGCAGAGAUGUUUUACACUGUAGCUGGUCAUCAGACUAGACACGAGAGUAUAAACCAAGCAAUAGAACUAGACCAAAUCACAGCUGGGGCAUGGGUAGGACAUCCGUAUUAUGAUGUGAUAGACAAUACGACUGGAUUUGAAGGCAAAGUAAUGAGAAUGAUUUCAGCUGUAUGUAAUAGAUUGGGUAUAGAUACCGGUGAUAGACUCAGUACCAACAGUAAAAAGAGGAAGUUCCUUGUCACUGGUGUACUGGAUUGGACUAUAUUCCCUCCCCAUCAGAAGUUUAUGGUAACCCAUGACUAUCUUGUCACACCUAGUCGUAAAAUGCAGGCCAGAAUACGCAAGCGGGGACAAAAUGGUCAAUGGACAUAUACACAUACUAUCCGCAGGCCGGAGAUUAAUGAAGAAAGUGUAGAACUCAGGAUGGCCAUUAAUAGUAGAGAUUACGAGAUUUUAUUAGCCCAAAGAGAUUAUAGACAUUACUCCAUUUACAAGAAAAGGACCUGCUUCCUGUGGAACAACCAUUAUUUCCAUCUAGAUGAGUAUGAAGAUCCAUGCCCUCCAGGGUGUAAAGGAUUGAUCCUUCUAGAAACAUACACAACCCUCGAAGGAGAUGACUUAAAAGUUCCAGAUUUUCUACAGAUCGAACAAGAAGUGACUGGAAAUUCCAAAUAUUCCAUGUUUAAUUUAUCAAUAAAAGAAGAAAUGGACCGAACCAAAAGUGAUGCUUCUAUCGAUAGUAGAGAUGUGUAAAAUCCUUAGAUUUUCUUCGUAUAUUUUUAAUCAUCUUGUCAAUGUUCAGGUGCUCAAAUCAACAUAUGUUUUAAAUUGGUUUUGUUCUGUUAUGUCCAGGUGUUUUAACAAAAUGGACAUAAAAGAUUGUUCAAGUUGUAAGAUAAGACCAAAUCUAGGAAUAUAUUUCUACCAAAUUUUUGUUAAGUUUAAAUUUGUUCAUUCCCAAACAGUUCAGAAGAAAAAAGUACAGGCCAAUUUGGUUCCCUCCAAAACUAUACCUCUUCCUUCCAAUGCUUUUGUUCUUUGGGUUUCUCAAUCUUUUUGUGUUUUGAAACUACCUUAUUAAGGAUGUUUGCUGCUCAGUUUCAAAAUAAAUAACUUUCCAUAAAACCAGUAUAUAUUGAUAGGGGAUUAAUUGAGGAAUCAAAAAAGUUAAAAAAAAUAUAGGGGUCAAUGUGCUUGUUUUCGAGAUAUUAGCCAUUGAAAUUUUGGCGGGAACAUGUUCUCUCUUGACUUUUCAUAGCUUUAUCAUUGACCAUUUAAAAAUGGCAAAAACUGUCAAAAAAUAAAUAAGAUUUUAUAAGACUUUUACAAAUGGCUUAUAAUCAUACAUGUAAAAGAUUCAUAAAAAGAAAAAUGGGGGUUCAUGGGCAAUUUGUUUUAAGGCAUUUAAAUGGAUAAAACCAGAGGAUUUCGAAAAUCUGACAAAAAUUACAAAACAUGACAAGCAAACAUCCUUAAGGGCUUUACCAUUAAAAUGGAGGAUUUGUUCAAUGUUUUAUUAUUAUUUUAAUGUCCCUGCCCUACUGGAUUAUCUUGUAAACCGGAAGAUUGUAUGACAGAUUUGUACAUGAAUGUUUAAGAAUGAACCAGGACUCUUUGUUUUUCAUAUGGUGCAAUUUAUUUUGCAUUUGAUCAGGGUUUGAAAUUAGCAGGGUUCCCACUAGCCAAUGACUCUUUAAAUUUGGUGUGUGCUACUAAAAUUUAUGUUUUUCUUGUAUAAAACUAUAUAUAUUGAUUUCAAAAAUUUAACUUCAAUGAUGCUUUGUUAUUACAAUUUCCUAAUAAGCAGAUAUAUAAGCUGAGUCUGAUAGAAAUCGACCUUAUGCAAGUGCACAUUUAUGUGUGCAUGUAUACAAAUUAGAUUCGUUUGAGGAACAUUCAACAUGUUCAAAUAGGAAAUAAAAGUGUUUUAUAGAGUUCUUAACACAAAUCAAUUUUAAAACUGUUACAGACCUUUGAUAGAGAUUUUAUUUCAAGCCAAAAUAUGAUAACAGGUAGAUUGAUUUACACUUGCAUAAGGUCGAUGUUCUAUCUGGCAGAACCCAAAUGUUUACAGAAUUUCCUCCAUAAACAGUCAGGAAUGAGCAUUUGAACAAGUAGCAUUCAUAUGUCAGUAUUUUAAUUUUGUGUUACAUGUAUCCCUUAGACUCUGUUAUUAUUGUGUUGUUUUGACACAUGAUACACUUUGUUACAUACACAUUCAUACAACAGUUGUUAUAGAAUUAUUUCUUGUUGAAUUUUUCAUAAAUUUAUUUUUUGGCAAACUGUUUGCUGCAUAAAUGAAAUUAUGUAUAGAUUGAUUUUAGUGUCAAUAUGCUCUUUUGAAAUUCUAGUAUUAAUCCAUUUUCUUUAAAUUUAAUGAUGCAUUUGUAGAAGGCCAAAAAAUAUCCUAUUAAUGUAGGGAAUAUCAAUUAACAAAAGAUAGAUAGUUAUUUUUAUAUGCCUCCAAGAUUCAAAUAGGAAAAACAAAAAAUUGGGAAAAACCUAUGUUGGUAUUAUCGGAAGGUUUACCUUUUCCAACAAAAUAAGGAGGGAAAAGAGCCCAACAAUUAAAGUUGGCAUUUUGUUAACCAAGAGAAAACUAUAAGGUAAGCAAGCAAUUGUUUUCAUUGUUUUUGUCUAAUUUUAUAUUGUGGGAACUGAAGUCACAUGUUGUUUAUUUAUAACUUUUUUAUUUACAUUUUCAUCAUUUGCUGCUGUUGAAUUGUUUUCUGCUUCAUUUUUGUGCUUGAAUUUUUUAUUCAUUUAUUUCACAUUAUAAGACAAGUCUUCACAUAUCAUAACUAUGAAAGAGUCUCAAAUCAGUCAAUUUUCAUAUCAUUAUUAAAAUGUUUAGAUUUCAUUUCAAAGUUAUAUAAUUUUAAUUUUUAUUAACCUGGCAGAGUUGCUUUAUCUUGACAGGAAUAAGGAAAUAUAAAAUUGAUAAGUUUGAGGGGAUGAGUCAUCCCAAAUUCCAGAUGUUAAAGUAUUGUUACCUGGAUUAAUCAUUACUUCCCGAGUUCGAUAGGUGUAAAUCCCUAAUUCCCACACAAAAAAAAGUCAAUCUCGACAACCCAAAAUGUCAUCCUGCUUCUCAAAAUUGACAGCUACCUCUACAAUUCCGUUCCAAAAACCUUAUAUUAAAAGAGAUUCUUCAUCCUAGUCAUCUAUUGUCAAUUUUAUUACAAUGUCCUUAGUAACAUCCCGGUGUAGAACAUUUUAUUUAAAGUAGAUUUAUGGAAGCUAUCACUUAUUUAAUCAGAUUCUACCAAUUGCUGUAACAUUUAAUGUAAUUUUUAUAAGGAACUGCAAAAUUUUGAUUCUUAUUGUACAAUGAAUUUCACAUUCUACAUAAACUAGGUUUCUGUGUGCAUUCAACCAUUCAUGCAAUUUCAAAGUGCUUUUCCUAAGUAUUAUGUACUGAGUAAUCAGACAGCCCCUUAAUAUAUAAUGUUUCUAAGGCAGCCUUAUUUGUUAUGGAUAGUAACUUUUAAUAGUUUUGUGUAUCACUUACAUUCUAUUGAAAUAUGAAUUGUACUGGAUUGUAUGUAUGUUUUUUAUUGACUGAAAUCUCCAAUUGUGUUAUGAUCCUUAGUUUAUUAAUCUUUUUAAAGGAUUUGAUAAGUGCCACUAUUUGACACCUGUUUUUCCUCUUUUAGCGAUUUUAUACCAAAAUUACCGAGCUAGAUAUACACGUCUUACAUUUACCAAUAGCAGGCAUGAGAAUAUAUUGUUGAAUAUUUCAGUCACUAGUUAUGUUCCUUUAUAAUGCUUCAUGCAAGCAGGGGCAUCAUCAUCUGUCUGAUGAAAACAUUCUCCAUUUAUUUGAAUAUCAAUUUGAUUCGCCAAUCAUAUUAUAAAGAAAGAUAAAAAAGUUACUAUAUAUUUUAUCAAAAUGUGCAUGGCAGUUUUGUAUUUGAUCUGAAAACGUUUUUUAAAGAGGCAUUAUCUUUGCAUGAAAUUAUUUUAAUGUUUGUUACAAGUGUAUUUUGAUUUUUCCCAGAAUAUCUCCUGAAUGAAUUUCAUAUCUAAUUUAAUAGAAUAAUUGUAAGAUAUAUUUGUAUAUAUAUAUGUGAAUCAACAUAAUUUAUUACCAUAGUGUUCAUGUAUAUAAAAUACUCCACAAAACACACACUGUAAAUUCAGAAUAAAAAUGAUGUCAUAUAUUUUUGGAAAUCUUUGGCUACAGACAAUAAUUUGAAAUGGAUUAAUGGCAAACCUUAAAAGGCUGUCUAAUGAAAUAGUAUUACCAAAAUACAGAUUUCAAGCUUUAUAAUUUUGUAGUUCAUAUUUCUUGCAAUAAUGAAAACAACAUCACAUAAUUUCUGAAUUUACAGUUAAUUUCAUUUCAGUAUCUGCUGAUGUUGUGUUUAAGUUUAUGGAUUGUAUAUGUUACCACCAAAGUAACUGUAGACUUGCCAAAUCUUAAUCAUAAUUUUAUAAAGUCUGGAGUAUUGUUUACUCGCAAGAAAAAUUGUGAAGUAUUUUAUUACCAAAGUAGAAUUUUUUAAAGUUGCUAUUAAGGCCCCUUAAGUGUAAAUGUUCACAUUUUGUAUUUGGUUUUCAUAAACAAUCACUUAGAUAACCCUUAUGUUUGACUAUUGUCAGAAAUAAAACUAUCAGAAACCUAUUGGUUUAUAUGUAGGAGAAACUUGAAACAUUAUAUUUCAUUUAACCUGUGAACAUCAUAAUUGUAAUUGAAUUUGUCUUUGCAUGCAGCAUUUAUACAUGCUUAGGUAAAUAGACAUUUGACAAAUUAAAUAUGUGAUCUGCAGAUACAUUAUGAAAUUGACUUUCGUCUCAAAAGCUACUGAGGGUGUAGAAAUUAUUUUAUUCAAUACAUUUUAUUUACCAAAGGAUUGAAUUAAAACUGAAUUUUGAAAUAAAUUUGUAUUACUGUCCGUCCAGACAAAGUGAAAUCUCUGAAGUAUUUUGUGUAUCUCAUUUACGUUGAAUUUUAAAAUAACAACGCUCAAUUCUAUUUUCUGUUUUGGAAAUUAUUAUAUUAUCCGAUUAAAUUCCUUCCUGCAAAUUGUUUAAGGUGUGAACCAUUGUUAAAGGUCUAUGAAACAGAGUGUAUAAUGGAGUUUUGUCAUAAAGGCUCCCAAAUAAAAAAUGCAGGAGUGUGUGGGGCUUCUUUUUUUACCUCAACUGUGUUUCAGUCAUAUUAUUAAAUUCCUCAUAAGUUGGGAUUCUGUUUUUGAUUCAAAUUAAUUAUUAAUCAUUUCUGUAUAGACUAAAUACUUAUGCACUAAAAAUUAUUGAAUUCAGAAAAAAAAGUUAGAUUGUGUUUAAUAAUAUUAAGUUGCUUGAUUAUUUACAUUAACUAAAAAAAAGAAGAAAAAUAGCUCAUUGAUAUAAAAAGAAAAAGAAAGGUAUUUAUAAUAGUACAAAGGCUUAAACCUUUGAUGGUGUAAAAUUGCAAACAGGGAAAUACUUUACAACUUGAAUAUGCUUAUUGAAGUGAUAUCAAAUUAAACAGCUUUUGCCAAAUAGCAAGUUUGUUUUUCUGUAGUAAAAUUUACCAUUUUUGUAGGGUUUAAAGUCCAUUGUUUAAUUCAUUUAUACCAGGUUUUAAUUGAGUCCUUCUAUCAAUGCAUGUUGAAAGUAUUUUCUUAUUCUUUGAUUAAUAUUGUUUAUUGAGGUUUGUCUAAUAAAAUGAUUCUUUU